CUAACACUCGCUAUUUUCCUAUCAUACGCUCGCUAUACUCGUUGUGCAGUGGAGGAGGAUUCUCGUCUUCUAUUUCUGACCCCCUUCCUUCGUUACCUAGGGGACUCGGUGCCACCCACACGAGAUUCUGCAUCCCAGGGAACUGCCCGCUCGAACUUCGACUUCCCCUCAGACAUUCAAUCGAUCUCGACUUCGCAGAUAGAGUAGGGACGUUCGCAAUUCGGCCACGAUGGCCUCCAACAGCCACUCACAAGCUUCACUGCCUUCCUUACCAGCACAUCUCCAAGCAGAUACACAAAUCACCGCGCAUCUAGCAAGCAGAUUUCAUGUAUCAUUACCAACAGCUCAACUAUCUUCACACGCGUUGAUAUGUCUCAAUACAUAUGCUUCCUCCAGCAAAGGCCCAGAUGGCGGAAAGGAGGGCAGUGCAAUGGGAGGAGCAGAGGAAAUGGCAGAUCGCGCUUUCACAAGACUUGGAGCACGCUCAGAAAACCAAGCUGUCGUCUUCCUAGGAGAAUCGGGGUCUGGUAAAACGACUGUUCGUUCUCACUUGUUGUCAGCCCUCUUGGCGAAAUCGUCCACUCCAUUGUCCACGAAACUAUCACUUGCUGCUUACGUUUUUGAUACUCUGACGACGACAAAAACUGCUACUACUCCUACAGCAUCGAAGGCUGGACUGUUUUUCGAGCUUCAAUACGACACAGCAUCAACAGUAAAUCCAACACUCAUUGGUGGAAAAGUGCUAGACCAUAGGUUGGAAAGGAGCAGAGUGGCAGCUGUGCCAACGGGAGAGCGUAGUUUCCACGUCUUAUACUACCUUCUUGCGGGUACCAGUGCGGCAGAGAAGGCACAUCUUGGCCUAGACACGGACAGUAGUUUGACUGCCGCGGUUGCUCAUCCAACUCAGGCUGGCAGCACGGCUCAGAAAAGAUGGCGGUAUCUUGGCCAUCCAACGCAGCUGAAGGUCGGAAUCAACGAUGCCGAGGGAUUCCAACUCUUUAAGACCGCUCUCCGGAAGCUCGAAUUUCCUCGCAGCGAGAUUGCAGAGAUUUGCCAAGUGCUGGCCAGUAUCUUGCACAUUGGACAGCUGGAGUUUGAGACAGCCGCAGACACUUUGGCGACUGCAGAUGACAGCGGUGGAUAUUCGCACGAAGGAGCUCAGCAUAUCACUGCUGUGAAGAAUAAGGAUGUUCUUGGUAUAAUUGCGGCGUUCCUUGGUGUUAGUGCCCAAGAUCUUCAAACCACACUGGGUUACAAAACCAAGAUUCUCCAAAGAGAGCGUGUCACAGUCAUGCUUGAUCCCAAAGGUGCCAGAGCGAAUGCAGAUGAGCUUGCCAGAACUCUGUACUCACUGCUCGUGGCAUAUGUGAUUGAGAGCAUCAAUCAACGUGUGUGUGCUGUGGAAGAGACAGUUGCCAACACGAUUUCGAUCGUCGACUUCCCAGGAUUUGCACAGCAGCCAUCGACCGAUUCCGUUCUUGACCAGCUUCUCAACAAUGCCGCUACUGAGGCCUUAUAUAAUUUCACACUUCAGAGCUUCUUCGAGAACAAGGCCGAAAUGCUGGAAAGCGAAGAAGUGACUGUACCUGCGACUAGCUAUUUCGAUAACUCUGACGCGGUUAAGGGCUUACUCAAGCCUGGAAAUGGUCUUCUAAGCAUCUUGGAUGACCAGACGAAACGAAACAGGACCGAUGUACAAUUGUUGGAGAGUCUUCGAAAGCGAUUUGAAGGCAAGAAUCCCGCAAUUGCUGUAGGAAGUGCAACCGCCAAACUUCCAGGAAGCAACUUUGCUACCCAUAAUGCGGCUGCUUCUUUCGCUGUGAAGCACUUUGCUGGUGAAGUAGACUACGUGGUCGCUGGCCUAGUCGAGGAGAAUGGAGAGGUCAUCUCUGGUGACCUGAUGAACUUGAUUGCUUCAACCAAGAGCGACUUUGUAGGUCAGCUCUUCGGCCAAGAGGCACUACAGACUGUGGUCCACCCGCAAGAGCGUACAACCAUCAUGCAGGCUCAAGUCAGUUCGAAACCUCUCCGGAAGCCCAGCGUCAUGCGUAAGAAGGGCGACAGGCCAAGCAGAUUCGGUGGCAGGGACGUCAAAGCAUCCGAGUCUGUUGAGGACGUCUCUGAAGUUCAGGACGACCCACAAAGCCGGAGAGGCCGUAAUAUUGAUCAAGGCGCUGCUGGUCAAUUCCUCUCCUCCAUUGACAAUGUCAUCAAGUCUCUCACAGCACCAAACACAAACCCAUACUUCGUUUUCUGUCUCAAGCCCAAUGAUCGCCGGAUAGCCAACCAAUUCGACAGCAAAUGUGUCCGCACGCAAAUCCAGACAUUUGGUAUUGCCGAACUCAGCCAGCGUCUGAGGAACGCUGAUUUCAGUUUGUUCUUACCGUUUGGUGAAUUCCUGGGCCUUGCUGAAGCCGAGACAAUUCUCGUAGGGAGCGAGCGGGAAAAGGCUGAAAUGGUCGUCGAUGAAAAGAGAUGGCUAGCUAACGAAGCUAGGAUCGGAAGCACUGGAGUCUUCUUGAGUGAGCGCUGCUGGGCCGAGAUAGCGAAGCUGAGCGAGCGAGGCUUCACUGCCGGUCGUUAUCCCACACAAUCGGAAGAUGGUGCAGAGCUCACUCCAGGAGAAGUACACGGCCACUAUGGAGCUUCCAAAGAGAGACUACUCGGCACCCCAUCGCCUGGUGCCUACAUCUACGGAGCAGACAAGAAAUCCGGCUAUUUUGGAAGCGCUGAUGUCGAUAGUCGAUCCGAAGCAGGUGCUUCAGCCCUUGGUCAAGGUGACAUGUUCCGAAAUCUGGAUACCAGGGAGCAAAUGGCCGAGAAAGGAAACGAGAAAACCAUGGUUGAAGUUGAAGAGGUCAAGACAAGCAGCAGUCGAAAGAGAUGGAUCGCUGUUGUCUAUCUCAUGACCUGGCUCAUCCCAGACUUUCUCAUCAAAUGGAUCGGUCGAAUGCCUCGCAAAGACGUUCGAAUGGCCUGGAGAGAAAAGCUCGCCAUCAACAUGAUGAUCUGGAUCAGUUGUCUCUUCGUUGCGUUCUUCAUCGUGGUCUUCCCUAUGCUCAUUUGUCCUAAACAAAACGUCUUCAGUGCGGCUGAGUUGACUUCAUACAACGGUAAAGGUGCUUCUGCGUACGUUGCCAUCCGUGGACAAGUCUUCGAUCUUUCAGACUUUGCACCAUCGCAUUAUCCUAGUAUUAUCCCUCAAAAGUCAAUUUUAGCAUAUGCUGGUCUGGAUGCAACCUCACUCUUCCCGGUUCAGGUCUCUGCUCUCUGCCAAGGUGUCAAUGGUACUAUCGAUGACUCGGUCCAACUCGACUACACAUCGACUAACACUACUGGCUCUGCCUUGGUCAUCAGUAACACUGACACAAACUACAAAUACCAUGACUUCAGAGCUUUCACCAAUGAUAGCAGACCUGAUUGGUUCUACGAGCAAAUGUUGAUGCUCAGGGCCAAUUACAAGAAAGGCAACAUUGGAUACACGCCCAAAUAUGUCAGCACUUUGGCAAAUAAACAGGAGUCGAUUGCAAUACUCAAUGGAAGGGUUUACGAUUUCACCAAGUACCUUCAAGGUGGUCGCAAGAUCAUUGUUGCUGCUGGACAGGACGUACCUACAGAUGUCAGCACAGACUUCAUGGACCCAUUGGUUGUUGAUCUAUUUCAGCAGAAGGCUGGUGAGGAUGUCACAAAGUACUGGACCGCUCUAGCUAUUGAUGAUGGUAUGCGAUCUCGCAUGCAGCUUUGUCUCGACAAUCUCUUCUAUGUGGGCAAUGUCGACACCAGAAACUCCGUCAAGUGUCAAUUCUCAGAGUAUCUGAUCUUGGCCAUCUCUAUCAUCCUUUGCUCCGUUAUUGGCUUCAAAUUCUUCGCCGCUCUCCAGUUCGGAGGAAAGAACAUCCCGGAAAAUCUUGACAAAUUCGUCAUCUGCCAAGUUCCUGCUUACACAGAGGAUGAAGACUCUCUUCGUCGUGCCAUCGACUCAGCCGCCAGAAUGAAGUAUGAUGACAAGCGCAAACUUUUGGUCGUCGUCUGUGAUGGUAUGAUUAUUGGUCAAGGCAACGAUAGGCCUACCCCACGUAUCGUUCUCGAUAUUCUUGGUGUUGCUGAUACUGUGGAUCCCGAACCCUUGAGCUUCGAAUCUUUAGGUGAAGGUAUGAAGCAGCACAAUAUGGGCAAAGUCUACUCAGGUCUCUACGAAGUCCAAGGCCACAUCGUACCGUUCAUGGUCGUAGUCAAAAUCGGCAAGCCAUCUGAAGUUUCACGUCCUGGAAACAGAGGAAAGAGAGAUUCGCAAAUGAUCUUGAUGAGAUUCUUGAACAGAGUUCACUACAACGCUCCUAUGAGUCCUUUGGAACUUGAGAUGUACCAUCAGAUCAGGAACAUUAUUGGUGUCAAUCCGACUUUUUACGAAUACAUGUUGCAAAUCGAUGCCGAUACCGUUGUUGGUCCAGAUUCUGCCGCUCGCUUCGUUUCAGCAUUCUUGGAUGAUACCAGACUUAUCGGCGUGUGUGGUGAGACUGGUCUGUCCAACUCGAAGUCUUCUUUCGUCACCAUGAUUCAGGUCUACGAAUACUACAUCUCUCACAAUCUUGCCAAAGCAUUCGAAAGUUUGUUUGGUAGUGUUACCUGUUUACCUGGUUGUUUCACCAUGUACCGAAUCCGAGCCGCCGAAUCCGGAAAGCCACUCUUCGUCAGCCGAGAAGUCGUUGAAGCCUAUGCCAAUAUCCGUGUCGAUACACUCCAUAUGAAGAACCUGCUUCACUUGGGUGAGGAUCGUUACUUGACUACACUUCUUCUCAAACAUCACUCCAAGUACAAGACCAAGUAUAUCAGAAACGCUCACGCUUGGACCAUUGCCCCUGAUUCCUGGCAAGUCUUCAUGUCGCAACGUCGUCGUUGGAUCAACUCUACUGUCCACAAUCUGAUCGAACUCGUUCCCAUGUCACAACUUUGCGGAUUCUGCUGUUUCAGUAUGCGCUUCAUUGUGUUCAUCGAUCUUCUGUCUACCCUCGUCCAGCCAGUCACGGUGGCAUACAUUGUUUACUUAAUUGUCCUCGUCAUCCGGCACACGUCUGUCAUUCCGAUCACAGCCUUCAUUCUUCUAGGUGCCAUUUAUGGUUUACAAGCCAUCAUUUUCAUCCUUCACCGAAAGUGGGAAAUGAUCGGAUGGAUGCUACUCUACGUUGCCGCCAUCCCCGUGUUCUCCUUUGGCCUACCACUCUACAGUUUCUGGCACAUGGACGAUUUCUCCUGGGGAAACACUCGUAUCGUCACGGGAGAGAAAGGCCGCAAGAUCGUCAUCACCGACGAAGGAAAAUUCGACCCAGCUUCCAUCCCCCACAAGAAAUGGGAAGAAUACCAAGCCGAGCUCUGGGAAGCUCAAACUUCCAAAGACGACCGCUCCGAGGUCUCGGGCUACUCUUAUGGUACCAAAUACCAACCAGCUGUAUCAGAACACAACUACCCACCCUCUCGUCCACUUUCUCAGGUCAAUCUUAACAAUUAUCCUUACGACAAUAAAUCCGCAGCCAACAUCCACGUAUCCCGCAUGUCCCUCGCUCCCUCCGACGCUCUCGGCCUCGGAAUGGACCACCGCCAAAGUCAAUUCGGUGGCUCCCAAUUCGGCGGCCCAGAAAUGGAGAUGGCGAACCUUGCCGGCCUGCCAAGCGACGAUGCGAUAUUGGCUGAAAUCAGGGAGAUUCUGAAGACGGCGGAUUUGAUGACUGUUACGAAGAAGAGCAUCAAGAUGGAGCUUGAGAGGAGAUUUGGCGUCGCGUUGGAUGCUAGGAGGGCUUAUAUUAAUUCUGGUUAGUCUUUUCCCUUUCCUCCUUCUCUUACUUUUUGGGACUAACGAGUCGAUAGCUACCGAAGCACUCCUUUCUGGGCAGCUAUAAAUUAUAUGAUGAGUGAGGGAUUUGGAUGAGAUGUAAUGAAAGUAAGAAAUCAUCUGGU